UGGGGGGAAAGCCGCUCGUGUCCCGGCGCUGGGAUAACCGGGAUAACCGGGAUCAGCCCUUCACUGACCCCGUCUUGACCACGUGUCUUUAGUGAGACGCGAAACCAAAAGUGGUUCUUCUGAGGGACGACUGUUCUCCUCUGGUCUGUUGUAUUUUGGCUCCUGUGCUGUGUUUUCUCCUUUUAGGACUUUGCAUCAUCCUUUCUGUAGCUUCACCUGCCCAAGAAUUUCCAACUUUUUUUUUCCACCCAUUGUUUAGUGACUAUCAAGGCUCAUUCAUUUGAAGAUUUAUCCAUUUGUCUAGCAGUUUCUGGCAAGUUCCCACCUGAAACCCAUUGCCGAUUUUCGCAAACAAUGCUCUUUAUUUACCCUAGAUGUUUUAAUUUCCUAGUGAAGUUUCCAACAGUCUCAGCUAUUCAAAAAGGAAAUUUUACUGACCAUCUGCUGUAUUAAAAUGAUUUCAGAGGCAGAAUUCUAUGAAACUAUUUCACGAGAGACUGUAUUUUUCCAUGAUCAACAAGAAGGAAAAGGGAAUCUGGCAGGCAAAGGUGUUGGGAAGAUGGAGAAGACUUUGAACAGAAUUCAUCCAGUUUCUGAUCCAGAAGCAACCUAUUUUCUACAGGUGUCAUGGGAAAAGGAUUUAGGCACUGGCUUUGAUUUACUUCUUAGUGAUUGUCAGUGUGCAUGGACUGGGACAGUGUCUGAAGCAGACAUUUCUAGGGAGGCUGCUGACAUAGAAAUGGACAGAGAAAAAUAUGUGGAAGAGCUGAGGAAGGCACUGAUAGCUGGAGAAGAGUCAGCUGGCAAAUACAACUUUGUGAUUUCAAGAGAUGAGCAGAAUAAGGCCUGUCACUUUUCUUAUGAAAGGAACCUGAAGGAUGGCUCUUUCAGACUUGGAUCUCUGAAGCUGCAGGAAGUCCCAAGCCCAGCAGAGGUGGUCAAGGAACUCAUUGGUUACUGCCUGGACAGCCUGGGAAAGCUGCGGGCCAAAACUGAGCAUCUGCAGAGAGAAAAUGAAAGGCUUUUCAGCAACUGGAGUGAUGUGGAGAGGAGGCUGGAAAAAUGCGUGGAAGCUAAAGAGGAGCUGGAGGCAGACCUUUACAGCAGGUUUAUUUUGGUGCUGAAUGAAAAGAAGGCAAAGAUAAGAAACUUGCAGAAGUUGCUGAGUGAAGCUAAAGAGUCUGCAAUGGAUGCCAAGUGUGCAAGGGAUAGUAUUGCUACUACUCAGAUGGUAAUAAAGAGAGAAAACAACUAUGAUGCCAGCACUGAUGAGGAAAGUGAAAAUCCAGCACGGGCCUCAUUGCCAUCAGCUCCAGAACGAAGGGAUUCCUCGCUCCUGGGCAGCCCAGACGUCAUGGACCCAGCUCCAAGGAGAAAAAGAAGGCAAAGAACAGCAAAACCAGCAGGGACAGGAGCUAAGAUGGCUGCUUACGAGGCAGAGCAGCCAGCCCAGGAGAAGCCUGGCCUGGCCUCGCAGACGACGCCGGGGCAGCACUGCCUGGAUUGGGAUCUGGAGACGCUGGAAAACUCCUGUGAGCCAGAGGACCUCUUUGAGGACAUGUAGCCACGCGUGGGCUGGGGAACGGGGACACUGGCACUUCCAGCAGGGAUAGGCUAUAAACUGAAAGGCUUUUUUUCGUAGAGUAAAGCCAGAAUCUUUGCUCUGAGGCUCCAAACCCUCCUGCGCUGCGCUUCUCCCACUCUGCACUGUGAGUUUGCAGACCCCUGCGCCUGGUCUGUGGUGGUCUAAAAGUUGAGUUUAGCCUCUCUGUGGACCUUCUAUCACCUGCAUGUGGGAAGGGAGAGCACUGUUGAUGUGUUUUUGCAUCCUCACAGCCCCUGAUUGUGUUCAGGACCAAUCCUGUCCCACAUAGCAGGCAUAAAGAGAUUCUAAACUACCACUGUGCUUAACCUUUCCCAGCUCAGCCAAGGCAUGGUCUGGAUAAAUCAUCUCCAGCUUUGUUUGAGGUGCAGGUGUGAGUUUAGAAUGGUCUCUUCUGAGUCAAAGCAUACAAAGAAAUGUCUUUUACUUGAAGGUUCUCUGCGGCACUAUGCAUUAUAAGGUAUUCUUGCUUUUGGGAGUAAAGUGCUACUAAAGUUGACAUUGACUCUAUUUUAACUUUCUGUAGAAACCCACAGCGUUUAAAAUUGUCAUUUUUGAUACUUCAGCUUUUUCCUUUAAGGAGAUUUCUAAAAAAAAAAAAAAUAAAGUUAAUUCUAAAAAUACA